ACUCACAGUUUGACUGAAUGGCUGUGGUACCACCGCCCCGUGAUGAUCACCGAAUUAUAAUCCACUUUGACUAUGACUGUUUUUAUGCUUCAGUUUUUGAGGUGGAGCAGCCGGUGUUGAAGACUCUUCCUUUAGCCGUUCAACAGAAACAGAUCGUGGUGACCUGUAACUACGAGGCUCGCAGAAGGGGAUUACGCAAGCUGCAACUGAUCAAGGAAGCCAGGCAGAUUUGUCCAGAGCUUGUCAUUGUCCUCGGUGAGGAUCUAACAAAAUUUCGUGAUGCGUCUAAGAGUCUCUACCUUUUCCUCCGUGCCUUCUGCUGGAGCGGGAAAGUGGAAAAAUUAGGAUUUGAUGAGUUGUUUCUGGAUGUCACAGACAUGAUUAGUUACAAUGUGGAUCUCUUGAAUCGAAACGAUCUAGAACACUCGUUCUUUCAUCUCAACCGUCAGGAUCCCACACUCGGGUUCGCAUUUGAUGCCACUGGGUUCCAUGGUUCGACUUACCCUGCGGCUCCCAACGUAGCAUCAGAUUCUGCCUGGCCAUCGGUUUCGACGGGAAAUGAUUCUCACUCGCUACAUAUUAAGCUACUUGUUGCUUCCCAUCUGGCAGCCUACCUACGUGGCCAACUGGAAGAACAAAAGGGCUACACUGCCACAGUAGGCAUUUCGACCUCGAAAAUCCUCGCCAAAUUAGUGGGUAAUACUUAUAAGCCCAACAAUCAGACAACCCUUCUACCGCCUUAUACUGCGGCGGAGCAAGGCGCUCAGAGCAGUGUGCUCAACUUCCUCGACGCCCAUGACAUAAGAAAAAUUCCAGGGAUUGGGUCUAAACUUUCUCAAAAAUUAACGUCUUACCUCAGAUGUCCGCCCCAGUCCAAUCUAAACCAGGCUGCUUCUAAUACGGCGAGGGAUGAUACAAUCACUGUCCGAGACGUUCGUUUGUUUCCUAGGAUGGGUCCGGUACUUUUGGAUAAGAUCCUAGGCGGUCCAGGGUCCCCCAAAGGCAUUGGUACGAAGGUAUGGGGCCUGAUACAUGGUGUAGACAAUUCAGAGGUCCUUCAAGCUCGGGACAUACCGACCCAGAUUAGCAUUGAAGACUCCUAUGGUUGUCUGAGCACCUUCGAAGAAGUCAGAAGAGAGCUGGUCUCUCUAACUGCUAGUUUAAUACGUCGAAUGCGAGCAGACCUGACUGAGGAGGAACCUGACGUCGCUGCUGUAGCAGAAUCGCGAUCGAAAGGAUCACUUUCUCGAACAGUACCCAAUCUGCGAUGGAUUGCUCGUCCAAGGACUCUACGUUUGUCAACCAGGCCUCGGCCACCUCCUACAUCCAACGAGGCACAAGCUCCCAGCUUCAACCGUAUUUCACGCUCGGCGCCGCUCCCCCAGUAUGUGUUUUGCCUUGAUGUGAGUAUUGACGCGCUGGCGGAACAACUGGUGCACGAACUUGUGACCUUGAUGUUCCGGAAACUCCAUCCCGAAAAGGCUGGCUGGAAUAUCCGUCUCUUGAACGUCGCCGUGACCAACAUGAUGGAUGUAGCUGGGGAACGUAAGCGGAGUAGUGGACGAGACAUCGAGAAGAUGUUCCAGAGGCAGGACAUGGGACGCAGAUCAGACUUCCCCGUUCCAGUGACGGAGCGGUCAUCGCCAGAAACUGCUCCGCAAUACGUCAGGGAUCCCAGCCUGUCAUCCAACGAUAUUUCCAGUAGUUCUCAGAUAAUCGUGGGCUUGGAUAGACAUGCAUAUAAAACCAGUGGUGAUGCCUGGGAGGAAAGUGAGGAGGACGAGGACAUGCCGUGUGUAGCCUGUACGAGUUGUGGAGCGUUGAUUCCACGCUUUGCACAUGCUGCGCAUGAAGUGUAUCAUUCUGCACCGGACUAAUACUAGUGAGAUAUCGAUGAAAUCCGAUCUCGAUCCGGAGUGGAUGACGGAUAUAGUAUGCGAUGUUCACUUAUGGUCGCAAAAGCGAGCUGUACCAUGGUUGUAGAUCUUGGUAGUUUCCAUGACUUGUCUCAGGGGCCGACCAGUGAGAAUGGUUAAGGGUUUCUCCCUCUCUCCUUUUUUUUUUUUUUUUUUUUUUUUUUU